AUGAGGCCAGAAUACCUUUUGGUAUGUUUGGGUCUGGGAGUUGGUACCGUCGCUGCUCCUGUACCCACCGAAGCACACACCGAUGGAAACCUUUGUCUCAGAGGUGACGGUGGGGGCGGUUUUAGUGGAGGUUUUGGGGGAGGUUUUGGGAUAGGUUUUGGAAGUGGCUCCGGUAAAGGCUCCGGUGGAGGAGGCUCUUCGGGGGAAGAGGGUGGUGAUAGGGGAGAAGGGGGAGAGAAAGAGAAAGGUCGAGAAGGUGAAGAAGGCAAAGACGGUGGAGGCGGCUCCGGCGGUGGUCAUGGCGGUGGAGGGGCUGGCGUGGGAGGUGCAGGCUUAGGAGGCGCCGGCUCUGGGGGUGCCGGUUCCGGUGGAGCAGGAGCCGGCGGCGGUGCUGGCCUAGGGGGUGCCGGUGGGGCUGGCAUUGGUGGUUCUGGCGGUGGAGGUGCCGGUGCAGGUGGUGCCGGUACAGGAGGAGCUGGCGCCGGUGGAGCUGGCGCUGGCGGAGCAGGCUCUGGAGGUGGCGGUGCAGGAGGUGAACAUGGCCAAGAAAAUGCAAGGUGGUCUCCUCGGGGGGCGCUCUUGGAGGUGGUGGUGCCGGUGGCCAGAACCAAGGAGGCCUUGGAGGAGGUGCCCUUGGAGGCGGCGGGGCUGGAGGACAACAAGGAGGAGGCCUUGGAGGAGGUGCCCUUGGAGGCGGCGGAGCUGGCGGACAACAAGGAGGAGGCCUUGGAGGAGGUGCCCUUGGAGGCGGCGGAGCUGGCGGACAACAAGGAGGAGGCCUUGGAGGAGGUGCCCUUGGAGGCGGCGGAGCUGGCGGACAACAAGGAGGAGGCCUUGGAGGAGGUGCCCUUGGAGGCGGCGGAGCUGGAGGACAACAAGGAGGAGGCCUUGGAGGAGGUGCCCUUGGAGGCGGCGGAGCUGGAGGACAACAAGGAGGAGGCCUUGGAGGAGGUGCCCUUGGAGGCGGCGGAGCUGGAGGACAACAAGGAGGAGGCCUUGGAGGAGGUGCCCUUGGAGGCGGCGGAGCUGGAGGACAAGGAGGACAACAAGGUGGCUUUGGAGGUGGUGCUGAAGGUGGAGGUUCAGGCGGCGGGGGUGGCGGUGGAGAAAAGGGAGAUGGAGGAGGCCAUGGAGGAGGCGAUGGAAAAGGAGAAGGUGAAGGAGGAGGCCAUGGAGGAGGCCAUGGAGGAGGCAGCGGCGGCGGCGGCGGCGGUGGUGGUGGUGGUGGAGGAGGAGGCGAUGGAAAAGGAGAUGGUGAAGGAGGAGGCCAUGGAGGAGGUCAUGGAGGAGUUAGCGGCGGCGGCGGUGGUGGUGGAGGAGGCGAUGGAAAAGGGCAUGGUGAUGGAAAAGGGCAUGAUGAUGAAAAAGGGCAUGGUGAUGGAAAAGGGCAUGGUGAUGGAAAAGGGCAUGGUGAUGGAAACGAUGGUCACUCCGGUGGCAUCGGGUUUGGAUUUGGUGCAGGAGGCGGCGUCAGUUGGGAGCAUCAAAGAUAAGCUGCCUUAUGCAAAGCAAAGGGUAGACCUGUGA